UCACGAACAACAACCUCUGCGUCCCCGAACGGAUACAUGAUGGUUGACGGCGCGAUCCCCAGCCACACGAAUGGUACCAACACAAAGAUACACAUCACAAGAGAAGAUAACAUCAACAGCAACAAUACAUUUGUCACCGCAAAUUCAACUAACCCUUUGGCUACAUCACAUAAUACCACCAGUCACCGUGUCAAUGGCAAUGCUACACACCCACACCCACACCACCACACACAACACCACACACAACGGACCCAUGAUUCUCCAUCCCACCAUCAACUGUAUCCGGCGAAUGGUCCAUCCACUCCUACCACAGCCAUCUCCCGUCAGAAUUCUUCCUCCUCGACCUCCUCCUCGGUCAAUCUGGUUGGCGAGUCUUCCUCCGCCGAGUUGCUGAGACAGACCUUGAAUGUUGCGGUUGCCGCUGCUGACGCUGCUACUAUCACUUCCCCGAACCCGAAUUCGCCGCGGUCGGUUAGCAGAACUAACCCCCGUAGGAAGCCUCCUCCCAAUAUUUCCACCACCAAUAAGGUUUCUGGCCUCCUCACGCCCGCUGGUUCUGCGGAUAAUUCUGGCGCGGAGAGUCCGGACGAGGAGGUUCAUGAUCACGAGGAGGGUAUGAGGCAUGGUUUUGCGGAGGAAUAUAAUUCCGAGGCCUACCUUGCUGUGUUGGAACAGGUUUUUUACAUGUACUACACCGACAAACGUCAUGAGACAGGUGGAAAUCCUAAGGAAGAGACACAAACCUUUCCAUUGCAAGAGUGGAGAAUGAGAGACCGACUGAAGACUGUUUCCGCCGCGCUGGUCUUGUGCCUGAAUAUCGGGGUGGAUCCCCCGGAUGUCGUCAAGACAAAUCCGUGUGCGAAAUUAGAAUGUUGGCAUUGGAGCAGAUUGGGAAGAAUUUACAGCAACAAUACGAGACGCUUAGCAUUCGAACGAGGUAUAAGCAAUACCUUGAUCCCUCUGUCGAAGAUACCAAGAAGUUUUGCUGCUCGUUACGUCGCAAUGCUAAGGAUGAACGGAUCCUUUUCCAUUACAACGGCCAUGGAGUGCCGAAGCCAACGUCCAGCGGCGAAAUCUGGGUGUUUAACAAGACUUUUACUCAAUACAUUCCCAUUUCGCUAUACGAUCUGCAGAGCUGGCUCGGUGCGCCAAGUCUGUUUGUCUAUGACUGCAGUGAUGCUGGGAAUAUAG